GCGGCUGGCGUCAUAGGGGUCUUUAGCACCAAAUCUUUCUUUCAACUUCGCUUCCUCUCAAACUUCUUCCUCAACCAUAGUUAUUUCACUCAAUUAAGCCUAUCACUCUGAUAGCUUGACUCUAAUUGACAGUUCGAGACGUUUACUUAAGGGACAGGCGACAAGUACGCCGUCGUCGGCGUCAUGGUAAGGGCGGUAGAUCGUGGUGUUCGCAACACCGUUGUGAGAGACGAGGAAACACCACUAUUGGGAUCGUCACUCUCUAGACCCCAGAAGAAGUCUUGGAAGGAGCGUUUACAACAUGAUGUCUCUUGUUCGUGGGCCGAUGCCGUGUUACUGGCCUGUUAUGUCGUAACUGGACUUCUCGACAGCUCCUCUAUCCAGGUCUGGGGAACAUUCGUGUCUAUGCAGACAGGAAACACUGUAUAUGUCGGUCUCGGGCUGGCAAGCUUCGCGACAUCGACUCCUGGCCCUCGUCUAUACAAAUCCGCUCUGUCUAUUGCAUCUUUCUGUCUCGGCUCUUUCCUAUUUGCUCGCUUCCAUCGGCUUGUAUCUCCUAGACGUCGCUGGGUUCUCUGUGCAUCUUUCACAAUCCAGGCCCUUCUCACAAGCGCAGCUGCGUUGAUCGUCACCUUGCGACCGCCUGGCCCGAACACGGAUAGCCUGGCAUGGAAUGUACUAGUGCCAAUCGCUCUCAUGGCCUUCCAGAGCUGUGGACAAGCUGUAGCAAGUCGAGCUCUGAAGCAGAACGCUCUUAUCAGCCUGGUCCUGACAAGUGUGUAUUGCGACUUAUUCUCCGACAAAGAGCUGUUCGCAUUGGACAACGUGUCGAGGAAUCAGCGAGCAGCUGCGCCGACGCUACUACUUGUCGGUGUGAUAGCCGGCGGGUUGUCUGCGCAAAGCUCUGUCGGCAUUGCGGGAGCCUUAUGGAUCGCCGCAGGGCUAAAGCUCUGCAUGGUCAUCGCAUGGUUCCUGUGGCGCUCAGAGGAAGAAACGGAGGAGAAUUAGUUCCGGAUGUACGGAAUUAAAGGCAUAGUUUUAUCAGUUAUUUCGAAUGAACGUCAUCAUGCAGCUUCAACAGUCAAGUGACCUGAAGUCGAAUUGGCUGAUGCAACAUUGGUGACAGACUGGUUGAUCAUGUCAGGCAUCAGGGAUCUCGGGCUUUGUAAACAUCUUGCCGAUGGUUUAGUCAGAUACUGGAAGAUACUCAAUAUCAAUUGAUCAGCUGGAUACAACACAAACCCGAGGCCGGACAUCCUUUACCAAGAUUCGCGACGUUGGAGAGGAUGUGCCGUGCGUUGGGUUGCAUGGCGCAGACUCAAUUCGUGACCUGUUUCUUCUUCGGGAUACCUAUCUAGGAAUUACAGGCUCUAAUAGGACAACACGGCUUACUGUGAUUUGCGAACAAGCAAAUGAUCUUCACGUCUAAGCUGUCCCCCCAGGACAGAAGCACUCCGGCAUCGGGCCAUCGACCGGCCGGCCCGGAGCCGAAGAAUCUGCCUCUUUGGGAGAGCAACUCGGAGCUGUGGAACACAGAGAAAAGGGCCGUCAAGCGAAAAUUUGAGACUAUGAGAAACAGAAAUUGAGUGAUUGGUAAGGAUACAGACGCAAAUUAUGAAAGAAAAGUUUUGUAUAAUCGGGCCAUUAUGGCGGCUACUGUUGAAAAUUGAGAAUUCAUCACGCAUUGGGCACCUCUUGUUCAAUUAUUCCCUGUCCUAUGCCCCCGCUUGGCUUGGGGUGGUCUUUGGUGUCACAGUCACAGUUUACGUACUGAAGGGUUAGAGUAGGAUUGCCGAAGCGGAGCCUCCGCCUGUUUUGAUAAGACUUUUCUUUCAUAUGCUUCAAGUUUUUCGUUUGCCUUGGAUUUAGAAUUUCACCUUGUUGGACUGGACCAUCAGCUCGGAUAUACGAGUGAAGAUCAUAAAGAGUGGGGAGACAGAAGCGAAAAAAGGACAGAAUAUCGUUUGUAUUCCCGCGAUGAGCGCUGGUAGAGUUACCUUGGGGCAUUUGCAUUGAAUUCACUGUUACAGCUACAGUUGCAGUUACGGGGAAGAGUGACGGGUGUAACCGUUUGAAGAUGAGAGUGUCGUGUUGUGCUGUGCUGUGCUGCUUAGUGAGAGUGAUGAGUUGUUCAGGCCGGAAAAGGUGAGCUUACAGGACAGCACAGCGCAUUAAUACGGGAUGCGUACAAGGUUAACUAGUGAAGGAAAGGUGCAUUCUUUGCUCAAGAUAACAUCUUCAAACAAGAGUCAAAGAGUACCCCAUUCAUGGCGCCACUGCGAGUCAUUGGAGCAGUCCGAGUGGUGAUCUGAUCGGCGGGCGGUGGAUCCUCUCGUUUUGCCGAGCG